GGUCCCACAGCUGAGACACAAACCAAGACAGAGACAGAAGUGAACAGACACUUGAAGAGUGUUUCCUCUGACAACAAGAAGACUCAGCUCUAAACACACUCUGAACAUGCUGUGCUCUCAUGGACUCCACUCUCAGCUCAGUCCACUCAUGGACUUCCACUGGACCGUGGGGCCACAGGUCAGACCUCUGCUCUACCAGCAGCAUCUCCUGCACAGGAACCUUCAGGAGCUGUGCAGCAGUCUGGAGCUGAUGGACAAACUUCAACAGCAGGACCUGGAGGACAAGAAGAAGAAGACGUCUGUCCAGAGCUGUCAGGCCCUGGAGACACCUUCCUACCAGCUGCAGAAAGACGGAGACAACGUUGGCCUGGUCCUGGACACACGAGGCUUUUCUCCAGCGGAGCUGACUGUCAGGCAGGUGGGCAGGAAGCUGAGGGUCAGCGGGAAGACGGAGAAGAAGCAGGAGGACGGGAAAGGCUCCUACUCUUACAGCCUGCAGGAGUUCAGACAGGAGUUUGAUCUGCCUGAAGGACUGAACCCUGAAGACGUCACCUGCUGCCUGGCUCCAGACGGGAAACUCCACAUCCAGGCAGCCAGAGCUCCAUGUGAGGAGGCAGAGAGAGAGCUGACUAUCAGGAGGAGCACGGAGGAGAAAGGGGAGCAGAGUGUGUCUUCACACACAGCAGAGUCACAGCAGCAGUAACUCAGACAUCAGUCCUGGACCACAGUGAACAUCUGGACUCAUCAGUCUUGUUGUUCCAGUCGUACAUUUAUUUUCUCACACUGUUAAAAAUCUGAUCAUAAUAACAUAUUCAUGUUUUUUCUCUGCUGUAAAUUCACAUAUAUUUUUGAUAUUGUUCACGUGCCAUAUUGCUCUCUUUUCUUUGUGGAAGCUUCUAACAAAGCCAUUCUGUGCCUGAAUUUUAAGUUCACCUUUAUAUAACUAAACCAAAAACAUCUAGGCUUUUAGUAAUACUAGUACUUGUUAGUAUUGUUUAAGUCAAUCAACAGCAGGUAGCACUUUUGUUCCUCCAGUUAAUUUUUUUUACUACUUGUGGGACAUUUUGCACAGCUCUGAGUACAAGCCUUAUUAUUAAGCUGGUGAGCAAAAAGUAUGUUUACUUCAUUGUUGUAUUACCUUAAAUUCAUGUUAAUAAAAGUAUUUAACACACAGUUUAAACAGACUCUAAAACCAGUCUGGACGAACAGAGAAAUAUCCCAUCGUAGUCAGAACAGUGCUCUAAAAAGACUAAUAUUAAUAUCCGUCAUUGGUCUACUUGCCUGACCAUCGUACAACAAUGUUGUGUUUCAAAAACAAAAUACUUAAAAGGAAAAUAAAAACUCAUGAUGCAAAAUCAAAGUUAACAGUUUAUUUUGGGAAUCACACAAAGUUGCAAAAGUUUUUUUUUUCUUCAUCCGUUGUUGCACAAGAAUAAAACAGUUGUAUUUUCCAUAGUUAUCAUCUCAUCUUUGUGCAGGCUCCAUUCAAAUUAGCAUAACUAUCGUUAGUUUGGCAAAUGUUACACUUACAUGUAAGACAGCUUAACUCCUCAGUCAGUCUCAACUGACUUUACCAAAUUAUAGCAUACCAUGGGUAAGCAGUGUCACAAAACAAGAUGGAUCCUUAUCUGGUUUUGUAAACUGUACCCAGAGUACACAACACAGAAUCCAGGGCUGAAUUAUUCCAUGACAAAAGAAGGUGAAGGUGAAAAACCUCACCUUGAGUCGACUCAGUUUAACCUUCUGUCAUGUGAACCAGCUAAGAUAAUCCUGAUCCACCACAGCAUGGAAUGGUGGAUGAAAUCUUUAGACAUUAUACAUCAAUACAAAGUAGAAAAGGAUAUAAAAAAUAAUAAAAUAAAAAACAAUAAAUCACACUGAGCAAGCAUUUUAGCGACAGUGGGGAGAAAAAACUCCCUUUUUCAGGAAGAAAUCUCCAGCAGAUCCAGGCUCAGUGUUGCCGUCUGCCUCGGCAAAGAAAACAGGAGUAAACAUACACUACACACUGCCAUGCAUGUAGCAAACAGGCUACAUGCAUGGCAUUCACAAUGUUCAGACCUUUACUUUUAACACAACAACUCUGAAUUGAGCCCACACACAGUUGCAUUGUACACAUUUGUGGUUGGAAUGUAUUUUAAGACAAUGAUGAUUGUUGUUUUAACACCACAAUCAAAAGUGUUUGGUUGUCACUCUUCCUGGUUUGCUUCCCUCUAAAGAGCAUUAACGCGCACCUAAAUCUUUACCCUACUUCCUAAACUGUUAAAAUGUCCCUGCCUCUACGUAUCAAUGUAUUGCCAAGGGUAUUUGGU